AUGACGGAACUGCUACGCAAAGUAGGGAUGGAAUCUUGCAAGCCGCUUACCACUCCCAUGACUACAACAACGGCGAACAGUGACGAUGAAUUUUCCCCGCUAGAGGAUCCGACUGUGUAUCGUCAACUGGUUGGCUCCCUUAUGUAUCUGUUGAUCACACGACCGGACUUAUCAUUUGCUGUCAACCGGCUGUGUCAAUUCAUGCACAAUCCUAAGGAAGACAACCGGGCCACCCUAAAGCAUGUUCUACGCUAUGUGCAAGGCACCCUCACUCUUGGACUUCGGCUUACGAGUUCGGUGGCACUCGUGGUUCAUGCCUUUUUCGACUCCGAUUGGGCUGGCUACUCGCUGGACACGAAGUCGACAGCCAGUUAUGCGGUGUUCCUUGGCCCCAAAUUAAUUUCAUGGGGCUCGAAGAAGCAACGCACAGUGGCCCGCUCCUCAACCGAGGCCGAAUACAAGGCACUUGCAGAUGUCUCCGCUGAAGUAGUAUGGGUCCAUUCUCUUCUCCAGGAUCUUGCCUUGGCCUGUCCCACUACUCUGGUCCUAUGGUGUGAUAAUCUUGGGGCGACCUAUCUUUGCUCGAACCCGAUUUUCCAUGCUAGGACCAAACACGUCGAGGUCUACUAUCACUUUUUCCGGGACAAGGUGGCUUCUGGCUUUCUUAAAGUCAAUUUUGUUUCCACUCAUGAUCAAUUGGCUGGCAUUUUCACCAAACCCCUUGCUGUGUCUCGGUUCACUGCUCUCCGGUUCAAGCUCAGGGUUGUUCCGUGCCCGCUUACCGCUUGA